AGGCCUUUCCUUAAAAGCUUUAAAACUACAACAGGGAUCCGCCGACUUACUUUCCACCUCACCCACAAGUUACCAAAGACACUAGAGCGCUUGUUAGGCAUGGCCACCUGCCUUCUUUCCGGCCGGGAAGGCCUAUUGUUUCGAUCUCGCACCCAAUCGACGCAAAUCGCAAAGCCACAUAGCGUCCAGUCGUCGAGGCGGACGAGCACAAUUGUGCGAGUCACUCCGCAGAGCCCCGACACAAAGACCGUGAUCACGAAGAACACUCCCGGCGAAUUGCCGCUUCCAUGGUCUGAGAAGGAUCCUUAUAAGCUGCCGCUCAGCAUUGACAAAGUCCAGCGGAUGCUCUUGACGCUUGGAUGGGAUAAAGCUUGGGUUGAGCAAAUUGUCGACCGCAUGAUGAAGGGGUCCCUGCGGACGACAGAGGAGCGGGCUCAGGCAGUGAUCAACUACCUGACCAGCAUCGGCCUUAAGCAGGAUGAGAUUUGCAACAUGGCCUCCAUCAGCGUUGUCCUGUUGGGCCUGAACCCGGAGACGCGCAUCAAGUCGGUGGUGGACUACCUGCAGGGGAGAGGCGUGCCAGACACCGCCAUCCCCGACCUGGUCCUCAAGCACCCGCGCAUCUUCGAGUACCGCCUCACGCCCGAUGGCAAGGCGCUGGCCAAGGGCGCAGCGCGCAUCCAGGUGGACGUGCUGCCCGCUGGCGGGCCGGCGGCGGGGGGCGCGGACAAGGUGGUUGGCGUCAACUACUUCCGCGAGGGCGCGUCAUUCCUGGAGGCGCCCGUGUCGCCGGUGGGGCCGGUG